AUGGAAUUUGCUGAGAGAAUGUUACGAAAAUAUGGCUGGGAUGCCGAUAAAGGUCUUGGUAAAGAUAAUCAAGGAAUGAAAACAGCUCUUAAGCCAGUUUUGAAAUUUGAUACACGAGGAGUUGGAUGUAAUCAAAAAGAUGAAUAUUCAAGUGAAUUUAAAUGGUGGGAAUAUUCAUAUAAUCGAGCUGCAAAAAAAGUCUCACAAUCUCUUGAACAAUCUGAAGGUGAAGAAAAAAAAGAAAAAAAACGUAAACAUAAAGAAGAUAAUGAAGAAGAAAAAGAAAGUUCAAAAAAGUCUAUUUAUUCUCGAUUUGAAAAAAGUUCGGUUUUAAUGGGUAAUAAAGAAGAAUCUCUUCGAGUCGAAAAAGAAACUGAUGUUACUGAAAUUAAUACUUGUUCAAUACCAACUGAUAAUGAGUUACUUCGAAUAUGUGGUGGUCGAACAGCUCAUAAAGGUGCUCGUCAUGGCAUAAAUAUGAAUGGAAAAUUACAACGAUUACAAGAACAAGAAGAACGUAUUUUCUCAUCUUCGUGUGAAAACUUAGUUGAACAAAUUAUAGAAAAAAAGAAAAAGAAAAAAAGAAAAACAAUUGAAACAGAUGAAUAA